AUGGCGCCGCGAAUACCCAUGCUGCGCUCAGCGCUGUUCCGCCGUCCUUUUUACCGCACAGCGCGCCCGUACUCGACGAAAACCCCGAAUCCUACCAGCCAGUUCUACAAGACGUUUACCCGGCCGAUCGCCAAGGUCGUCCUCGGCGCCGUCCUUACAUAUCAGCUCGUGUACUGGGCCUGGGUGAAACUCGAGACGGACGAGAUUAUAGCGGACACAGCCGGUAAGCCACGGCCGCCAUGCUGGCACCUCUUGAGCCUUGUGCGCAGUUCCCAUGUCGCUAACUGGGGGUUCCUCGCUCUUGCAGAAACCAUAAAAGAUCUAGAACGCAAGGUGGACGAAUAUAAGAACAAGACUGCGUCCGACAGCAAGGCAAAGGGUUCGUGA